AAAUGUAGUUAAGGCAAGGGGGUGUCACUUUGUGAUGGUGCAUGGAGCAUGUUUUGGGGCUUGGUGUUGGUAUAUAGUUUCAGAUCUUCUUCUGAAAGCGGGCCACACUGUAUCUUCCAUUGACAUGGCAAGCGCAGGCAUCGAUCCUAGAGAUGCCGAUCACAUUUCAUCUUUACAAGAGUACAAUCAGCCUCUCACAGAUUUCUUUACAGCUCUUCCUUCUACGGAGAAGGUUAUAUUGGUUGGGCACAGUGCUGGUGGCUUAAAUUUGAGUUUUACCAUGGAGCGUUUCCCACAUAAAAUUGCAGCAGCUGUAUUUGUUACUGCCUUCAUGCCCCUUAGCGGAACAACUCUCUCUGAUAUUAUCGCUGAGAUCUUAUCCUUUAUUGGAGACUUUGGAGACUCCACAUUUUACUAUGCAAACGGGAAAGGGAAUCCGGCAACAUCAUUCAAGUUGGGCACCCAGUUUACGCGACAAUCUUUAUUACAGAACAGUCCUCCUUGGGAUCUGACGUUGUGGGAAUCGCUGGUGAAAAAAUUUCCUCUAUGGUAUGAACCUCUUUUGUAUACAGCUAAAAACUAUGGAAGUGUUAGGAGAAUAUACGUUGUGUCAAAGGAGGAUAAGCUUCUUGUGGAGGCGUUCCAGAGAAAAACGAUUGUAGAGAAUCCUCCACAAAUGGUGUACGAAAUUGAAGGAUCUGAUCACGCCGUAUUCUUCUCCAAGCCUCUUCAACUGACUGAGGUGCUCAUAAAAAUUGCUAAUAUGUGUGUGUGAAAGUGAAGCAUCAUAUUCUAAUGUGAUGUUGAUGGAAUUCAGUAAAGUUUGUACUAUCUAGCAUUCUAGGAAUGUAGUUUGUCACGAACACGUAAUGGUUCUUGUGGAGUCCCUAGUCUAAAAUAAUUAAUAAGAAGUUGUAAUGGUUCUUCAUAGUGCGGAGGUGAAAUUUCCAU